AUGCACGCUACCUUGAUAUCAGCAAUUGCCCUCUCGAGCUUGGCCACCGCCCACGGCAACCACGGCCAGAAGCCCAUUGUCAGCCACGAUGCCACCUGGAUGGAGAGGCACAUGGCAGAGGAGCACCACAUUGAUUCCUGGGACACGGGCGCCUUCUUCGCCCUCCACGACUACAACUCCGACGGCGCCUGGCAGGGCGAAGAAAUCAUGCGGACCUACGGCCUAAUGGACCCGUCGAACAAGGACAUGUCGCACGACAAGAAGCUAGAGGUCCUCCAGCAUCUCAUGGGCAUUCUCGACCAGGAUCACGACGGGGUGGUCUCGGGCACGGAGUUCAGGGAGUUUAUCGACCGCGGCGAGACGCUCCCUGACAUGGGCACCGGGCCAGGCCACCAUGGCGACGACGAAUACGAGUACGAGAUCCACCACUGGGAAAAGUACCACGAUGAAAACACAAAAUUGGAGGAUCUGACGCACCCCGAGGACAUUGAGCAUUUCAAGUACCACGAAGAAUUGGAGAGAGCGCAGGAAGCACAAGAGACGAUGGACACCAAGUCCAUCAUUGAAGCGAACAUCCCUAUCAAAUUUCGGAGACAAUAA